CUCAAGCCUUCACGCUGGCUUAAGCUUAGCUCAGAAGUGAAUCCCUCCCGUCUGGGUGGAAAGCGAGCCCGCAGUCGGAGCGUGAGGUGUGGAACCAAACGCGCCCCAGGUGUGCCGGGCGGGAGCAGCAGCGCGUGCGUACGUGCGUGCGUGCGUGCGUGGAGACCUGCUGCUUUAGGACCGGCCCACGUUUGGAUGUCUCCGGUCUUUAUAUGCGGGUACCGCGCGGAUACUGACGUGCUGUGAUGGAGUGGCGCGAGCAGUCCGCCGUCAGCUGCGACGAAGCCUACGAGGAGGCGCAGAGAUGGAUUGAGGCAGUAACCAAGAAAAGAUUCUGGAGCGACGACUUCCGAUCGGCGCUGGAGAACGGCGUUCUGCUGUGUGAUCUGAUCAACAAGAUCAAGCCUGGUCUUAUCAGGAGGGUUAACCGGCUGCCCACACCUAUCGCUGGCCUGGACAACCUCAACGUCUUCCUCAAAGCCUGCCGGAAGCUCGGACUAAAGGAGGCGCAGCUCUUUCACCCCGGAGAUCUCCAGGACUUAUCCACGAGAGUCACAGUCAAGCAUCAAGAGACCGACAGGAGGCUGAAAAAUGUGCUGAUCACCAUUUACUGGCUUGGCAGAAGAUCUCAGUGUGACGGUUUCUAUGACGGGUCCUACCUGAAUUUGAAGGCGUUUGAAGGCUUACUGGGCACUGCACUAUACAAGGCUCUGCAGGAAUCGUCCGGUCCAAAAAGCGGCAGCGUCAGAGACAGCGGUUUUGGAGACAGCUGGUGCGCAGAGCGAGAGGAGCCCUACCAGCUGAGAGAGGGAGGAGAGGGAGGAGGGGGAGGAGGACACCGGAGAGACGACUCCCGGGACAGCUUGGACUCUUUGGGCUCCCGAUCCCAGAGCAUCUCCUCUGACAUCACUGUCAAAGGCAGCAGCGAGGGUUGUUUCAGCGACGCCGAGGCCGACUCCUUCUUCAGCAUGGCCGACAACAAGAGCGGCCUCAGUUACCGCCGGUCGGUAACCCUCACGCCAAAGGCCAGCGCCCAGUUUAACCAGUUCCUGCCCACCAAAGACAAAGCCUCUGCCUACGUGCCCGCUCCGCUGAGGAAGAAGCGGGCGGAGCGCAACGAGGACAACCGCCGCAGCUGGGCCAACCCCACCUACACAGAGGAGGGCGCCACACUCACCAGACAGCCGCAAGCGCAGGAGAGUUUCGACGGGAGUAAAUCAACGAGCGAUAUCGAUGUGGACUCCAGCAUCGCCCGGCAGACCCGCUACGAGGAGCUGCAGAAGUACCGCGAGCAGAUAAAGGAAACUGAGGAUAAGUGGCAGGAUGACCUGAGCAAAUGGAAGAACCGGCGCAGGAGUGUCAACUCUGAUAUAGUGAAGAAGAAAGAGGAGAGGGAGAAGAUAGAGGAGAGCACGACUGGCAGCAGAAGGUCCAAGACCUUAAAGGAGAUGCAAGACGAGAGGGAAAAUAAAGGAAACAACAGCGUUGGCGGUCGCAUUGGAUCUCUGUCUUUCCUGGAUGACGAGGACGUAUUUGAGAAGCCCGUGGCCUCUCCUCGUACCCGGGCCCUCCCCCCCAGGAGUUACACCAUUGACACUCCCGACUUUACUUCUGAACCCCCCGAGCCUCCUCUGAAAGAGGACGGGCCUCGAGCCGCCUCCCCGGCUGCCGGCAGGGCCGCUGCUGCCCCCCCCACCGCACAGCGAGGCGACGCUCUGGACGCCAUCACUCCCAUCACCACCACCCCCCCCAUCACUCCCAUCACUCCCAGCAGCCCCGGCUUUUCCCGCAGGGCCCGGCCUCUGGCGGCGGCAGCAAAUUCUCAUCGCGGCGCCUCAGAACGCAGCGGCCCGGUCGGGGCGGUCGGUCCAGUUGAGGCGGUCGGCCCAGUCGAGGCAGCGCCGUCUUCAAGCUCCCUGAAAAAGUUGCCCGAGCCGAGGCUCCCAUUGUCGGCCCCACAGACCGAGGCGGGGGCCCCCUCCUCUGGUCCUCCGUACCAACAACAAGCACAGCCCAGCUCAAUGGAACCCAAGCCUCCCGGGGUGUCUCGGGUUUCCGCCUCCCUCCCCAGGAGCUACCAGAGAGCAGAGAGCGCUCGCCUGACCUCUGUGGUCACGCCACGCCCCUUCGGGACCCAGUCGUCGCGCCUCAGCGCUAUUCCACGUGUCUUUACAGUGGAUGACCCACAGAAGCGUGUCAACGGCGACGCAGCUUUCAACAAGAUAUCGGCGCCGAGCCGCUAUCACCAGUACAUGACCUCGGAGGAGGAGCACCAGUCUCAGUCCAGCUCGGCCCACAGCACCGAGGAAGAGGAGGAGGAGGAGGAGGAGGAGGUGGAGGAGGAAGAGGACAAAACGGAGAGCCUCCUCCCUACGCAGAGCGUCUCCCCCGUCCCUCCUCAUGUGCAGGCUGAAGCCCCGGCCACGGAGAGCAGCCAGGAGAACUUCUGUGAAAAGCGGAUCAGCUUGAACCAGAAGCCCAACAGCAGCAGGGACUUUGGCUUCCAGGCGGCCUGGGACUCUACAGGAGCUCGCGUCUCGUCCAUCCAGCCAGGAAGCCCGGCAGAAAUGUGCCAGCUUCAGGUCGGGGACGAGGUGCUGACGGUGAACGGGCACCAGGUGGCACAAAUGAGCUACAGGGACUGGAAGUCCUGCAUGGAGGAGGCCCUGCAGGAGGGCAGUCUGAUUAUGGAUAUACGCCAUUACGGCAGGAACAACUGGGACAGAGAUCAACCUCCCAUGCCGUUUAAAAGCCAUAAGACCAUCAAUCUGACCAGUAUGGAUCAUCCGAUGCUUCUAGGUUCCCCCGACGCCAACCCCCCCAGCUCCAGCCUGGAUUUCACCUCACGCGCCUCCGUGGAAAAGCUGCCUCCCACAGAGGCCCCCGCCCCCCCAGCCCUCGACAUAGCUGCAAAUGGAGUAAAUGGAGGUUUGCGUGAGCCGGCGGUGACCAUGAGGAACAAAGACUCAGAACCCUUAUCUUUGAAAAACUUAAAACGGAGGUCAGAGUUUUUUGAAAAAGGAGGAUCAGAGUCUGCAAUGCCAGAUAUCCCUGUUCCUCCGAUCACAUCAUCCUCCGGCCGCUGGACCUUCGACCCAGAAGAGGAGCGCAAAAGACAAGAGAAAUGGCAGAAGGAACAGGAGCGCCUUCUGCAGGAGAAAUAUAAACGCGACCAGGAGAAGUUACAGGGCGAGUGGCUCAAGGAUCAGGAGGAGGCUGCUCGGAGUGUGGACCAACUACAGCCGGAGCGCUUGGAGGUGAGCGGGCGAGGCGUCAGCACUCCAUCGCCCCUCUCUCCCGUCGGCCAGCCCACCACUCCUGCGUGGGAGGAGCAGGAGAGAAAGCGGAAGGAGGAGCAGGAGAGAAAACGGAAGGAGGAGCAGGAGAGAAAGCAAAAGGAGGAGCAGGAGCGCCAAAGGCAGGCGGAGGAGAGGAGGAAGAGGGACGAGGAGGAGCUCCAGCUGCGGCGGCUGCAGGAGGAGAGGGAGAGGAAGGACAGGGAGGAAGAGGAGAGGAAGAGGAGGGAGGCGGAGGAGGAGGAGCUGAGGUGGCAGAGGAGGAGGGAGGAGGAGAGGAAACGGCAUGAAGCUUUGGAGCAGCAGCGCAGGGAGCGUGAAAGAGCCGCGGUAGAGGAGCAGCAGCAGCAGCAGUGGACGAGAUCUAAAUCAUCCCCUCAGCUUGAUGAAGAGGAAAACCCUGAGAGAAAAGCUGUGUAUGUGAGGCCGGGGGGGAUGGUUCACCAGCUGCUGGAGGAGCAGGCGAGGAGCGCCAGCAACAAAGAGGCCCGGAGUCAGCGGGCGGCGUCCGAGCUGGAGAUGGAGAGGAGGAGCAUCCUCAACGCCAUGAGAUACAGAGAGCCAGAGAGAGCGGCGGGCGGCGGGCUGGGCGAGAGGAGGGGUCAGCAGUCGGCCUCGCAGGCGGAGCUGGAGCGCCAGCAGAUCCUGAACGAGAUGAAGAAGAAGACCCCGCUGCUGAUGGACAAAAGCUGGAUCCGCCAGCGCUCCGCCGCCGCCAGCGACUCCAACGCGGCGCCCAUGCGCAGAGGUGAGUCGCUCGACAACUUGGACGCCUCCUACAACCCGUGGCGCUCGUCGUGGACGCCCAGCAGCCACGCUCGGCCCAACUCGGCGCUCUCCGGCAGCAUUUCCUUCUACGGCGGGGGGGUUUCGGGGGCCCAGCGGCCUGGCUCCUCCACCCUGCCAUCCUCCUACUCCACGGGCUCCCUGCGGUCCGGGGCGGGAACCCCCUCCGCCCCUUGGUCCCGGCAGUCAGUGUCCCCUUCCCCGUCCUCUCUGUCGCCCACCAUCUCCCCAGAGCCCACGUCGGGGGGAGGCCCCCCCCAGCAGCAGAGCAGGUCAGUGAGUGGCAGGAAAAUCUGUACGUUCUGUGACACCCCGCUGGGAAAGGGAGCGGCCAUGAUCAUCGAGUCCCUCGGGCUCUGUUAUCAUUUGGGCUGCUUUAAGUGCAUCGACUGCAAGUGUGACCUCGGCGGGUCGGCAGCCGGCGCCGAGGUCCGAAUACGGAAUAAGCAGCUCUACUGUAACACCUGCUACGUGCGAUUCAAAGCUGGCCAGCCAACCACUAUGUGACGUGACUGUGCUCCAGCAGAUAGACGAAGAGACGACGUGUGACAACAACCCCUGAGCGUCAGCGCGCUCACACCUUCUUCAUUGUUCAUUUUGUGGCUGCAGGAAUCUUGCUGAUGAAAAUGAUCUUCCGUUUAGUUUUUUAUUUUCCGUGUGUGAUCGAGAGGGUUAGCUUGCAAAGAAGUUAUCGGCUUCAACGUGUUUAUAUCUAAAUAAGUAUUAACGUUGUACAAAAUGUUUGGGUUCUGCAUGCAUCCGCAGGUUUUUAAAUGUUUUAGCCACAGAAAUUAGUCAAAUGGUGAAAUUGUUGAUAAGAUUAUUGAGGCAGAUCUUUGUAAUGACGUCCACCGAGACGGAUUUUUCAAAAUCUGGAGAGAUAUUUUGCUCUUGCUUCUUCUUUUCCGCCGAGUCUUGUGGUAAUAACAGGUCUGUCGACCAAUGUAUUCUCAUCGCGUCUAUGUGCCUUUUCAUUGGUGGGAUUAGCAAUUAAGAUUAUUAGGAGCCUUUCAGCAUAUCUAAAGGUGUCUGCUUGAAUAGCACUUGUCUGGUGUUUUCACUGAUGGAUGGAGGAAUUGUACACACAAGUUUCCAUGUGAACAAUAUAUCGCACUAAAUGGCAUUGAGGCAAACGGUAACAUUUGUAAAUAAAAUGACUAAACGCUCA